CUGCUGCUCUUCUUGCCAUGUUCAGGUUCCCAAAGUUCUGGCUGUCAAAGCAGUCCCUCGAUCUAUGGAUUGGAGAUGGAAGGAGAUGUUAUUAUCGCUGGAAUGUUUCCUCUUGGUAAAAGCAAUACUGUCACUGAUAGACAUUUUACUGAAGCUCCCACGCCUGUUCGAUGCCAAGGGAUCAACGUUCGAACAUACCGUUGGUUAAACACUAUGAUUUUUGCCAUUAAAGAAAUCAACGCAGAUCCAUAUAUUCUUCCCAACAUUACUCUUGGAUACAGAAUUUAUGACUCGUGUGUUGUCGUACCCCAAGGCAUAGACGCUAUUCACUGGCUGGUGACUGGACACGACCAAAUGGACCUGAGUUAUAGCUGCAGUAAUCACACGCGAUUGGCAGCUGUCAUUACGGAUGGAGUGCUGUCUACUUCUUUCCUGCUGGGAGUCUACAGUUAUCCUCAGAUCAACUAUUUUACAAAAACCCAAUCUCUGAAUAAAAAACGUGAAUUUCCAUCAUUCUUCACAAUUCUGCCAUCUGUCAUGUCUCAAGGGCUAGGACUGGCACGGCUUGUCAAAUUUUUCAGCUGGACCUGGGUGGGGAUACUGGCUGAUGAUGAUGACUAUGGCCAAGGCAUUUCCACAGUCUUUGUACAGGAAGCAAAAGCCUUGGGAAUCUGCAUUGAAUUUAUAGAACGAAUCCCAAUUCCUUACUCUGAAGACCUCGUCCGCCAUAUUGUGGAAAACAUUAAGGCUUCCACUGUGAAGGUCAUUGCUGUUUUCUCCUGGGAAGCCAACUUGUAUCCUGUCAUGAAAGAGAUUGAACGACAAGACAUCACUGGGAAGGUCUGGAUAGGAAGUGAAGGGUGGUCUAAUUCCAGAGUUAUGUCUACCAAUGAGACCUUUAAGAUACUGACUGGAACCGUAGGCUUCACCAUUCAUAUACGGGAAAUGCCAGUGUUUAUUAAGUACCUACUGAGCCUUCAUCCCUCGAAGGCUCCACAAGAUCAGUUUCUCAGACAAUUUUGGGAACAGGAAUUUAAGUGUAAAUUACCAGAGACAAAUUCAUCAAGUCACUCUGUGGAAGAGACGCUAUAUUGUAAAGGUAAUGAAGAAGUAGCCAUGAUGAAUAAUAUUUUCCUUGAUAUAACCAAUCUGAGAUUCACCUACAACACCUACAAUGCCAUCUAUGCUGUGGCUUAUGCCCUACACAAUCUCAGUACCUGCAAACCAGGGAAAGGGCCUUUUGAAGGAGGAAGCUGUGCAAGCAUUAAGGAUUUUCAUGCCCAGCAGAUUCUUCACUAUGUUGAGAAUCUGAACACCCAUAGCAAAGAUGGAGAAGACAUAUAUUUCGAUGAAAAUGGAAACCUCCCCUCCAUCUAUGAUAUUGUCAACUGGCAGCUGACCACAGAGGGAGAUAUUCAGUAUGUCAAAGUGGGGAGCUUUGACUACAACAUGGGUCUGGGGAAUAAUCUCAUUGUCAAUGAGAGUGCCAUCAAAUGGCCAGCGGGAAAAAGAGAGCGCCCCAUCUCAAUAUGCACAACCAGUUGCCUGCCAGGUUCGAGAAAAGCUCCAAUCCGUGGGAGACCAGUGUGCUGCUUUGACUGCAUUCCUUGUUCAGAUGGGGAGAUAAGUAAUGAAACAGAUGCUACAUCAUGCCUGAGAUGUCCAGAUGAUCACUGGUCUAACAAAAGACGUAAUGCAUGUAUUCCCAAGGUGGUUGAAUUUCUGAGUUAUGAAGAACCACUGGGCACCACUCUGGCAUCGCUGUCUGUGUUGACUUCCACAGUUCCAUCUUUAAUACUUUGUGUUUUCAUGUGGCAUGGUGAUACACCCAUUGUGAAGGCCAAUAACCGUCAGCUCAGCUAUGUCCUGCUCUGUGCUCUAACACUUUGCCCACUCUGCUCUCUUAUCUUCAUUGGGAAACCUUCACCAGCUUCUUGCUUACUCCGUCAGACCACAUUUGGCAUUAUAUUUACCUUAAGUGUUUCCUGUGUUCUGGCCAAAACCAUCAUCGUGGUCAUUGCAUUCAAGGCCUCCAAACCGGGCAGUAAAUUACACAAAUGGGUGGGCUCCAAGCUGCCAAAUACAAUUAUAUUUUUCACUACCCUCAUCCAGGUAGGCAUCUGUUCAGUAUGGCUACUGUGUGCUCCCCCUUUUCCUGAAACCAACAUGAAAGCUCAAGUUGGAAAAAUAAUUUUGGAAUGCAAUGAAGGUUCAACUUUAGCAUUGUGGUGCAUGAUGGGAUACAUGGGCAUCCUUGCCAGUAUUAGCUUUUUGGUUGCCUUUCUUGCACGAAAGCUUCCUGAUAGUUUUAACGAGACAAAGUAUAUCACGUUCAGCAUGCUACUCUUCGUCAGUGUGUGGCUUUCCUUUGUCCCUGCCUAUCUCAGCACACGAGGCAAGUACAUGGUAGCUGUUGAAAUAUUUGCCAUUCUUUCAUCCAGCACAGGGCUUCUGGGCUGCUUUUUCUUCCCCAAGUGCUACAUCAUCUUGAUCAAACCUGAGAAGAAUACUCGAGAGUUUAUCAUGCGCAAAAGAUCAUCUUCUGCUAAUAGAGAACUAUAGAACAUUUCUUUAUCACAAUGACCUAGAUCCCAUACAUAUUCUGUUAAACUGAUUAUUGUACCUCUUGUUUAUUUCAAAUAAAUGUGUUAUACAUG